AUGUCGGCGGCAAUGGAAAGGCACAAGCUAACUUGUUACCACAGAUGGAUCGCCAAAUCUGACUGGAAAAAACGUCGGAUUGCUCAAAAGAAUCCAGGACCGGUGAAGCCAGUUGUAAAACUCGUAAACUUUAUUCGAGCGUGGGGACUUCAGCAUCGUCAGUUUAUUACAUUUCUUGAAGAAACUGACACCGAUUACCAAGACUUGCUUUACCACUCCAAUGUCCGCUGGAUAAGAUUGGGGAAAGCGUGUCAACAAGUGUGGGAGCUCAAACAAGAGAUUAUCUCAUUUUUGGAGCUACUUGAGAAAGCUGACGAUUUUCCUGAGCUGAGUGACACAGAUUGGCUUUGUGACUUAGCUUUUGCUGUGGACAUACUGACACACAUGAAUGAGUUGAACGUAAAGCUACAAGGGAAAGAUCAGUUUGUCCAUGAUAUGUACACAAACGUCCGAGCCUGCAAAACCAAGCUCGCCUUAUUUUCAAAGCUAAUGUCAAACAAGUCAUUUGCUCAUUUCCCCACACUGGCGACACUGAAAGAGGCCCCUCGACAUGUGAAAAAAUUUAGGAAAUCACUGGAUGACCUGCACGGAGAAUUCUACCAUCGGUUUUCUGAUUUUGGAAAAAUUGACGUUACUUCAGCUGGUUUCAUGUCCCUUCACACAAGAUCCUGA